AAAUUGGGUCUGUUGGUAGGCACCUGAAAAAUCAUCACAUGCGCAUGUGCAUUACGGUGUGUCUGUUGUACCAAGAAGAUAGAUUCUUGUUCAAACUUGAAACUUCAAACUUAAAACAAUAACAAAGCGUCAGGAUUAUGUUAAUAUAAAUACUAGUUGUACUGCUUAGUAUACACAACUAUUUUGUAAAAUUAAUAUUUUAGAAAAGCUGGAUCGUUAAUCUAUUAAUCUCUUCUUGCUCAGUCCAAAUUUUCGAAUGACAAAAUGUUCGAAAAUAUAACUCAAUCAUCUGAACAUCUUCUGAACAUGGCAAAGGAUAGUUUAAUUUACGGUAUUGGAGAUGAAGUUCUACUCGCCACAGUAAUUGCAGUCAUCAGUAUUGGACUAUGGAUAUUUCUUUACGGGCGGAAUGAUGUUGCGGCUCUUUGGGGAUUUUUUGCUCGUAGACAACCUGUAAUAGACCCUGCCAACGAACCUGAAGCUGAGGACAAUGCAAAUCCAAACCCAACUUGUCCAAUCUGUUUGGAUGCGUGCCAGAUGGCACUCGAAACGAACUGCGGCCAUACAUAUUGCGGUGUAUGUCUGAAGACGCUGUACGAGAUGAACGGUUAUGUUAUUCUGAGAUGCCCGACUUGCCGCCAGAUGGUCUCAAUGUUGUUUCUGCACUUGACCCAACGAGAAGAAAACGCACCCAACAAUACGGCAUUGGCUGUGAAUCGAGCAAUUGUAAUAGAUUUCUUCAAUCUUUACAAUGUGACUCAUUCGGGAAUUGAAAGAAAUAUAAUGGAGCAUCUACGUGAUCUUCCUACUCUAUUACGAAACCUGUGGUAUGAAUUCUUCACAAUAAACGGCAUGUUGAGGUUCAGGUUUCGUGUCCGUAUUGGUUUCUAUUGCUCAAUGCUGCUUUUCUACCUAUGCGUCCCUUUCGAUAUAAUACCGGAAUCGAUGUUCGGUCUUCUAGGUCUCAUGGAUGAUAUUCUUAUUUCGUUAGUCUUCUUAGUAUAUUUGGCAGCAUUGUAUAGACGACAUGUGCUUGACAGACAUUAGGAUAUUAUCCGAGGCUUCAGAGUUGCAUUAGCUUAUUUAUGAAAUUUGCAAGAUCUGACUCCAAUAAAGUGGAAAUGUGAUUGCUUUUCAUAUGCUACUACAAUUCUGGAACCUCGUAUUCUAGUCAUGAUUACUGAUAAUCACUGAAAUGAAACCAGUGUGAUCUCCAUUGUGACCAUUGUUAUCUCCAAUUGGACUGCCAACAGCCUCCAAUCUCAGAAUCUCAAAGAAAGCAAUAUUUAUCUUGCUUUAGCCUUCUAUCCAAAAAGGAGCUUCCAUUCUAAAGUAAGUUUUUACUAAGAAAAUUAGUAUGGUAAUAGAGUUCUUCUUUUCACAGUAAAUAUUUAUUUUCAUUCAAACUAGUUUUUCAAAAUUUAGUUACCGUAUUCAUCACAUGCUUCUCUGAAGCGUAUAGUUCGCAAGAGAGUGUAGCUUUUCUAUCUAUAAAUGGAGCUUCUAUUCAAUCAACUUAUUACUAAGAGAAUUUUCAAAUGUAUUUUUAUAAUUUCAAUCGAAACAAGAUAUAUUAUUAUUUUGCUAAUAAUUAUCUUAUUCAUUCUAUGCUUCUCUCUUGACUGAUGUACACUAAAGUAUUAAGAUAUGUAUAACUUAUUUCUAGUUAUAUUUAAAGCUGACAAGGUUUUAUAGACUUACUCAAAAACCAUCUCUAUUUCGGCGGCCUUAAAAAAGACGGUGAUUCAAAACGUAGGUAGGCCUACUAAGAUACAGAGAAUAGUGAGAUAGAUAGUUUGGUUGGAAUUAGUGAUAGCGUCUAACUUACGAGACAAAGAAAAUGGUAAGUCAAAGCUGUAAAUAAUGUUCAAGAGACUGAGAAUUUGUAAAUCCUAGUUUGCUUGUUUUUCAAGCAAAUGGGAAAUGUGUAUAUUUGUUAUACAUUAGCCUACUAUCCAAAAAAGAGCUUCCAUUCUUUCAGCUAAGUGAGUUUUUACUAAGAAAAUUAGUAUGGUAAUAGAGUUCUUCUUUUCACAGUAAAUAUUUAUUUUCAUUCUAACUAGUUUUUCAAAUUUAGUUAUUCAUCACAUUCUAGGUUGUUGGUGUGAGCUUUUCAAUAAUUUGAUUUAUUUUUAUUUAUUCUUAUGUCUUUUAUCGGCAGAGAGAUCCUUUUGGAUUUUCUGCCUCGCCAUGUUACCCAAUGUCAUUUCCUAUCAACACUCACGUUUAUAGGUUAUGUAUUGGGUUCUUGAUGUUUUCUCACUAAAAAUUUUCACUUCCACUUUCUGAGUUUCUAUUAAUAAAGUUUUAAACCAAGAAAAGUAAACAAAUAUAAAAAUUUUGAUUAUAAUAAUUGAACUGAAAAUUUCUCAUUACAAUUUUUUCCAUGGCAACCAAACGAGAAUAAUUUAAUUUAAUUAUAAAUUGGAAAGUACAUAGACCGGUGAUAACAUAAAUUGAUCAGUUUGGGAAAAUAUUUUUGUUAUUCUCAGUUGUUAUUUUUUCUUUUCUAUUUUAUAUUCCAUUUAUAUCUGUCAUUGCUUGGGAGAUCAAAUAAUCUUCAUGUAAUGUAUUCAUUCAACAACAUUUUGAUAAUCAUAUUUAAUUAAUUGGCUCAGAAGCAGGUGUAAACAAGAAUUGAAUUGAUUUAAAUUUAUAUCAUUUUUCUUCUUUCUCUUUUUUAGAAUUGAAUAAGGUUUCAUGUUUAUCUCAUCUAUCUUAUUCUUCUCCUUAUUUCAUUCUUUUUCAUAGCAUAUAAUAAUUAUAAAGUAGAUAAUUAAGAUAAUGCUAUGAAAAAGAAUGAAUUAAGGAGAUAAUCUACUUUAUAAUUAUUAUAUGCUAUGAAAAAGAAUGAAAUAAGGAGAAGAAUAAGAUAGAUGAGAUAAACAUGAAACUUUAUGAUAAUUAUUAUCUUAAUUUAUAUCUAAUUUAAUUAUGUGUUUAUUUUUCAAAGUUAACUGUUCUCGUUUGCAAUAUUCUUAUUUUGUUUGAAGGUACGUUGUAUUUUUGUUUAUUUAAAUACUGUUGUAUUUUGUUUAUUUGUUUCGUAUUGUACUGUUAUUUCGUGCAAUUGGCAUUUCGAGACCUAACACGUCAUAAUAAAAAUUAAUUACAAUCAAUCAAUCUCUUCAACCUUUUGAGAUCACUAUACCUUAUUAGCUAGUCAGGUUAGUUCAUAAUUAUCUGUCAUUCAUGAAAUGAUCCAUGUAUUAUUUUUUAUUAUUAUUUUUGUGAGUUGGAAGUUAGUCGUGGAAUAAAGCGAUUUAAUUUCUAACGUGUAAGUUAUGAACGUGUGUUUUAUCACGUUCAUUAGCUUAGUAUAAAGGCAAUAUUAUUUUGCUCCAUGUAUCAUACAAACUAUAGUGAGUUGGCUUUUGGUCUGCAAAUCAAGGUCUUAAUUGGAAUCUCAUAAAUACUUUAAUGGAAUAUAAUGAAUACAUAAACAUUGAAUACUUGAAUCACAUAAAUAAUUGAAUUUUCAUCUCGAGGCCCAUAUCCGUUUGCUCGUUUCGUUUCAUUAAAAAGUGAUUGUUUGAGAUAUUGAUUACCUGAAGGGAUCUUUGUCUUUAAAAUCAAUUACAGGCUGUCCUAGUCCGGGCAGUUUAAACCGUACAUAAUUGUAUUUUUCAAAAAAUAGUAUCUUGUAAGGUAAGGUGAUGUUCAAAUAUUAAUUUUGCAAAGUUUUUUUUUUAAAUUAACGUCGCGAGUGGUUGCCAAUUCAAAACCUGAGGUGCUGACCAGAAGACGAGGGAUCAUCCAUAAGCUGGGAUUUUAUAUAAAAUGAUUUUUUUUAGUUCAGGUCAAUAUUAAUUACAUUUUUUAAUUGAGUUAAAUUACUAUUAUUAUUCAUUUUAUUUCUUAUUGACUCGCGCUUCGCCCCCUGCACCCCCGCGAGGUAGGUAGGUAGCAGCCUCCACGCUUAGCAGAGGGCAGUUUAUUUUAUUAUUUCUGAUGAAAAAUUUAGUUAUUAAUUUUUUUUGUUCAUAUUUCAUAAAAACUUGACUAACUGUUGAAAGUUUUCAAAAAAGUCACCUGGUCGGAAAUUGAACUCUGACAUUAUGCAUGGUGUGUUAGUAUUUGUCCUGAGAUGGAGAACGGAAGAUGUGAAAUUUGAUGAUUUUAAAAAAAAUCUCCAAAACAACUUUUCAGCAGAAAAAGUUAUCUCGACCAAGUGUUCUUUUGAAUAAACGGCUUUUUCUGCCAUGCAUGAUGAAAAAAGUUACAAAUUUAAUUUUUUCAAGGAUCCCCAAGCUUGUCCUGGAAAGGAGAUUUCAUGCCAGUCGAUAGAGCUUAUGAAUGACUAUCCAAGAUAUAAAUUUGAAGAAAUUUGGUCAAGCGAGUUUUGAUGAAAUCGUGAUAGAAACACAACAAAAUCCAUUUUCUCGACAAAAAUUGCAGCUCCUGCAAAUUUUGCAGAAAUGAGAAAUCACGUUUUCGAGAAAACCGUGGAAAACAUGGUUCUUUUAGUGAUCUUCCGACAUUUUGUAUUGGAUUUUAUUGAAUAAUUUCUUAUUGCCGGACCUUAGGUUUGAAAUUCCAAGUCAAUCCGCUAAGUAAUGUAUAAUAAAUUUAUAGCUAAUACAUGCCUUCCUCUUCUCCAUGAAGACAGAAUUUUUAUAUUAUGUUAUUUGAAUAGAAUAUUUUAAAACAAAGAUUGUUAACUUAAUGGUUAAGUUUAUUUGAAUUUAUUAAAUACGGUACUAGGUUUAAAUAGAUGUGUAUUUCUUCCAUGUGUUGUUGUAAAUAAUAAUGUUACACUUGUAAAUAAAUGUUGUUGAAUGAAAUAAAAGUUGUUAAU